AUGUCAAGGUCAACUGACAAAACACUGUCGCCGUUGGCAAUUGUUGGAUUGUCACUCAAAUUCCCACAGGAUGCCGUAUCUUCGGAGUCCUUCUGGGACAUGAUCGUCGAGGGAAGAUGCGCUUCUACGGAGUUUCCUCCAGAUCGGCUGAACAUUGACUCCCACCAUAACCUGAACGCCAAUCGACUUGAUAGCUUAUCUCUACGUGGAGGUCACUUCAUGAAAGAAGAUGUUGCCUUGUUCGAUGCGCCUUUCUUUUCUAUUACUGCCGCUGAGGCAGAGGCCAUGGACCCUCAGCAGAGGCUGAUCCUGGAAGCUACUUAUCGGGCACUAGAGAAUGCUGGCAUUACUAUGGAAGGAAUCGCACGAUCAAGGACAUGCGUUUUUACUGGGUCAUCAGGCCAUGAGUACCUGAUGUUGCAGGCAAAAGAUCCCCAAUACCUACAGAAGUGGGGUAUCACAGGAACCACGGGGAAUAUGGUGGCGAACCGCAUUAGUUGGUUCUUUGACCUCAUCGGACCCAGUGCUGCGAUUGACACGGCUUGCUCAAGUAGCCUAAUGGCUAUCGAUAUGGCAUGUCAGUCCAUAUGGAGUGGUGAUUCAACCAUGGGACUGGCAAUUGGUAGUAACGUUAUCCUGGCAUUGGAGACUUCACUAAUGAUGGACAACUUGGGACUUCUAUCUAAAGACAGCCGUUGCUAUAGUUUUGACGAACGUGGCAAUGGAUAUGCACGUGGCGAAGGAGUUGGCGUCCUUGUCAUUCGUCCCUUGGAAGAUGCCGUGCGAGACGGGGAUACAGUCCGAGCCGUGAUAAGGUCUUCUGCCUCUAACCAGGAUGGAAGGACACCGGGAAUUACGUUGCCCAGUACCGAGAUGCAGGCUACAUUAAUACAAGAGGUUUAUCGCAAGGCAGGGCUGGACAUGGCGACGACGCGCUAUUUUGAAGCACACGGAACAGGAACUGCCAUUGGAGAUCCAAUUGAGACCGCAGCCAUUGGGUCUGUGUUUCGACCCCAUCACUCUCUAGAUAAUCCAUUAUACAUUGGGUCGGUGAAGUCUAAUAUUGGACACCUGGAAGGUGCCAGCGGAGUUGCUGGAGUCAUCAAAACAGUUCUAGCACUAGAGAAAGGAAUAAUUCCUCCCAACAGCGUGAAUCUGCAGAGCUUGAACCCCAGAAUUGAUGACGAGUUCUUAAAUAUCAAGUUCCCACAAAAAGCUCUGCCCUGGCCCUCGGAGGGACUUCGACGAGCAUCAGUUAGCUCUUUUGGCUAUGGAGGAUCAAACGCCCAUAUUGUCCUGGAUGAUGCCUACAAUUUCAUGAAACUGAAUGGCCUGAAAGGGAAUCAUAAUACAGGGGAAAUAAGUUCAGAUGGAACUGGCUCCAAUGGACUGACAGAAAUAACAAACGAUAUACCCAAACUCCUCGUUUGGUCAGCAGCAGACGAAAAGGGGAUUCUUCGACUUAAGGAAACCUGGAAGUCACGCCUCUCCGCCAUCUCACAAUCGGCCAGGAAGAGCCCAAAGUUCCUAAAUGAUCUUGCUUAUACAUUAGCGUGUAGACGGACUCAUCUACCAUGGAGGUCGUUUGCUGUCGUUCGCCCGUCAGAUGACCUGGGGGCAUUGGUUGACCGAUUUUCGCCAGCAUCCCAGUCUCGCGGUUCAUCGAAUCUUGCUAUGGUAUUUUCUGGGCAAGGAGCCCAGUGGUAUGCGAUGGGGCGCCAGCUUCUCGAUAUUUACCCUGUGUUCCUUCAAAGUAUCGAGGAUGCCGGCGAGUAUCUCCAAACACUAGGAUGUGAAUGGGUGCCCCUUGACGAGCUCGAACGCAGUGAAUCCACUUCAAAUAUCAAUAAGACUGAGUAUAGCCAAAUACUGUGCACGAUCGUUCAGGUGGCUUUGGUUGAUCUCCUCCGCUCUGUGAACAUCACUCCCAAAGCGGUACUAGGCCAUUCAUCCGGCGAGGUGGCAGCAGCGUAUUGCGCCCGUGCAAUCUCCAGACAAUCAGCCUGGAAGGUAUCCUAUUAUCGAGGUUAUAUGAGCAGUAAGCUGGAGAACUCCAGCCAAAUGAGAGGUUCCAUGCUUGCAGUGGGCCUAUCAGAACAGGGCAUCAAGCCGUACAUCGACAAGCUGAGCAAGGAUCUCGAGGUUGUCAAUCUCAUUGUUGGCUGCAUCAAUAGCCCCAAGAGCGUGACAGUUACUGGAGAGGUUACCCACCUCGACUCCCUCAAAAUCAUACUCGACAAGGAAAAUAUCCUUUGUCGGAGACUUAAGGUCAACUUGGCCUAUCAUUCAUCUCAAAUGAAGGAAGUCGCAUCUCUCUAUCAGGACGCGAUGGGAGAGUUGGAGGUAGGUCAUACGGGGCAUAAGAAUAACCCGGAGAUGGUGUCCUCUGUGACCGGCGAUUGGAUCGAUCCAGGAGAGGUUUCUCAAGCUUCUUAUUGGGUUAAGAAUAUGGUCUCUCCAGUGCGCUUCUCGGAUGGACUGACUAGACUGUUCUCAGGAUCUGCUCCAAACUCCCAUAAGAGAUUAGAUGGUAGUCACCGCAGGGCAAGAGAUAUUGACCACAUACUCGAGGUUGGUCCACAUUCAGUCUUACAGGGUCCCUGCAAGGAUGUAUUGAAGAGAAUUGGAAACGAGACACCAACUGAAUACUUUUCGUUAUUGGUACGAAACAUGUCAGCGGCCGAUACUGUAUUCGCCGUCUUCGGUAAUCUGCACACUGCCGGCUAUCCGAUUGAUCUUUCCUUGGUGAAUGGAAUUGAUUCUACAGGAUGUGAUAUUCCAAAAUCACUGCCAGAUUUACCUGAGUACCCCUUCAACCAUGAUACCUCAUACUGGCAUGAGAGUAAAAUUAGCAAAGAUCACCGACUACAUCCAUUUGGCCGCAACGACCUACUGGGGGUUUCUGACCCAAACUGCAAUCCUUUCGAGAUGCGGUGGAGGAACUUUGUACGCGUUUCUGAGAUGCCUUGGACCAAAGAUCAUCAGGUCAAUGGCACGAUUAUAUACCCCGGCGCUGGCAUGUUGGUGAUGGCUAUCGAGGCGGCCAAGCAGGUGGCAGAGCAAGGAAGAACAAUUACCGGAUUUAAUAUACAAGAAGCCAGAUUCCAUGCCGCGAUGAUAGUUCCGCCUGGAACAUACGGAAUCGAGACUAGCUUCUACCUCCACCCUGCCAAGGGCAUGGGCUCCGAAAGCUCCACCAGCUUUGAAUUUCGCCUCUGCACAUGUGAGAAUGAAGAAUGGAUCGAAAACUGCACCGGGUCUAUUCAGAUCGUGUAUACGCUCGAGGAGGAGCCUGAAAUGGACAAAGUACACACAGAGGAAUUGUGGACCUCACAAUUGGAGGCCUACUCGGAUGCCGUCAAAACAUGCACAUUGCCAGUGGAUGGCCCAUCUCUAUACGACAGUUUUUUGAACUCCGGCUAUGACUAUGGAGAAGCCUUCCAGCUCAUCGACACAUUGUCAAUUAGUCCUGUGCAGCCAUGUGUGACUGCCCAAGUCAAAAGAUUAUCUUCUUCAGCAGGCGAGACGAUCCAUCCGACAACUCUCGAUGCAAUUUUGCAGACAUCCACCUGGACAGUGGUGACUUCUAAAACAGAGAAUAUACCCACUACUGUUCCAAAGUAUGUGAGAAAUUUGUGGGUUGCGAGCGCUCUCGAAAACACAUCAUCUGGCAUUUUGAGGACGUACGCUACUCGCACUGUGAGAUCUUCAUUUACUGGUCCUUCCUCUGACAUCUUCACAUUUGACGAGAAAUUGCGUGAAACUCUGAUCUCUGUUGAGGGACUCGAAACAGAUGUCAAUAGCUCAAAAAACACAGAGGAAAAUGCCUCGUCCCCCGAAGAUCUCUGCUAUCAGGUCUUAUGGAAGCCCGACCUCAACCUACUGAGCAAUAGAGAAACUACAGAUCUCUGUAUCAAGGAAUACCCUGACUUGACAGAAGACACAAAAGAUUUCUUGGGUGAUUUGGAUUUCAUGUUCAUGGCGCGCAUCACUGAAACACUGAAAAUAUUAUCUGAGCAGCAGCUCAAGCCAUCACAGCCACAUCUGAAGAAAUACGUGGACUGGAUGAUGGGUCGACAACACCUGCUUGAUAAAGGCCUGCUUCAAUUUGCCACUGAGCCGUUGAAGAGUCGGCUGGUCGGUCUUGGAGAUCUUCAAGAUGUCGAAAAUCGAUUGCUGAAUCUCAACAAAAGAGGAUAUUUCUAUGUCACCGUUGCUCGAAAUCUAUUGGAGUUCCUUACCGGUGAAAUGGACCCAUCAACCUUUUUUGAAGGUGACAUGCUGAAAGAAUUCUACUCCGAACAAUACCAGCUUCAUGAAUCCCAUGGCCUUAGGCAAGCUGCCAAAUACCUUGAUCUUCUAUCUCAUCUCAACCCCAAAAUGAAGAUUCUGGAGGUCGGUGCUGGAAUUGGAUCUAUGACAGACGUUAUGUUGCGUACGUUGGGCAAUACCGAAAACAGAAACCCGCAGUAUGCCCAGUGGGACUUUACCGAUAAAUCAGGGUCGUCUUUUGCUAGUGUCCAAGAUCAGUUCCAUCAGGAGGCCGGGCGGAUGCAAUUCAAGCUUUUGGACAUUGAGCAGGAUCCUGAGAAACAGGAGUUUGAGUGUGGUACAUACGAUAUAGUCGUUGCUUCCAUGGUCAUUCAUGCUACUUCAAACAUCAAAGAUGCUCUAGGCAAUGCCCGAAAGCUUCUAAAGCCAGGUGGCAAGCUCAUGCUGUACGAGAUGAUCAGUCCUGGUCUCCGGUCUACUUUUACGUUCGGGCUUCUUGAGAAAUUUUGGCUUAGUAGGUUCUUCGUCUCCGAUGAAAGCCAGUCGACAACGCUAAAUUCCACAGAUUCAGUCGCAGAUUCGGGACCGGGGCCUUGCUUCGACGAGAGGCAAUGGGACGAACUUCUUCUUCAGACUGGAUUCUCUGGCCUGGAUCUCCUUCUACCAGAAUUCGAUAGAACCAUAUCCCACGAAUUUGGUCUGAUAGUCUCCACAGCCGCCGAGGAACCCCCGACAGCCUAUCCUAUCCCGGAAAUCGAAGUUGUCUACGACGUUGCCGAGUCGGGCCAGCAAGAACUCGCACAGUUCCUUGUUAAAUACUGUCAAUCGAACAAGCUCGCCCCUAUCCGUUCUUCCUCUGUUCAAGAGGCAAUGGAGUACAAGUCUGAAAUUCCAUUGCUACGGAUCUUCCUUCUCGAGCUUCACGUUCCAAUUUUGUCGGAAAUGCAAUCGGAGCUGUUCCAACAACUUCGCAGUCUCCUUUCCUCCACGUCACAGGUGCUGUGGAUCAAUCAAGGAGGAGGCAUACUUCCCUCACAGCCACAGUUCCGCCUUGUGGAUGGACUAUUCCGCGUCCUGAUGACGGAAGAUAGCGUACGUAAACUUCACCUACUUUCGCUCGAGCCUCGUGGCCCCUUGAGUAUAAAACAACACGACCAUAUCACAAGGUUGAUUAAAUUUUUCUUGUCGCCAUCGACUGCAAAUGCGGAUACGGAGUACAUUGAGCAGGAUGGAGUCUUGAAUAUCCCUCGCCUGAUUGCUUCCAAACCAUUGAAUGAGAGCAUAUCAGCCAUGGCCACCUCUCAUCAACACCGUACGCAAAGCUUCAACAGCCAAAUUCCAUUGCGACUGAAUGCCACAUCUCCGGGUCUAACGAAUGAAUACGAGUUCAUCGAAGAUGAGACUGCUUACGAGCCACUCCAGCCAGAUGAGAUCGAGAUCGAGAUAAAAUGCGCAGGGCUAAACUCCCAUGACGAGCUGAUUGUAGCAGGCCAGUUGAAACCGAGCGAUACCGGAUCUGAAUGCUCUGGAAAUGUCAUUCGAGUGGGUGACGCCUGUAGGCGAUUCCAAGUCGGUGAUUCCGUUGCCGUCCUACAAAAUGGUUGCUUUGCCACGUCAAUUCGCCUGCGAGAAACUGGCCCUAUCGUCAAGAUUCCUGCGGGUAUAUCCUUUGCAAACGCCGCAGCUGUGCCAGUCGAUUUUGCCACUGCACACAUUGCACUGCACAACAUGGCCCGCAUCCAGCCCGGUGAAACCGUGUUAGUCCACUCGGCAUCCAGUGAUACUGGCCUAGCAGCAAUCCAGAUUGCAAAGAGUGCCGGAGCAACGGUUUUUGCAACGGUAAGCUCCGAGAGCAAGAAACAACUGCUUAUGGAUAUUUACGGCAUCCCCGCGUCCCACAUUUUCUCCAGCCAGACGAUUGUGUUUUCAAAGAUGAUCAAGCGUCGCACGGGUGGAAAGGGUGUCGAUGUUAUUCUCAAUUCACUGACAGGGGAAGGUCUGUUCGAAUCUUGGAGGUGUAUUGCGCCUUAUGGUAGAUUCAUUGAGAUCGGUAAAAGGGAAAUUCUAUCAAACCAGGGGCUCCCCAUGUUCCAGUUCCUUGAGAAUGUUACCUUCAGCGCCAUCGACUUACCUGCCAUGUCAGUUGAAAAACCCGAGGUAUGCAUCGCUGCUCUCAAAUCGGUGUUUGAUUCCAUGCAGGCUGGCAACCUGCGACCAUCCCAGCCUGUCAACGUAUACGGAGUGGGGGAAAUGGAAGAGGCAUUUGGAAAGAUGCAUACUGGCCAACAUGUUGGUAAAAUGGUGCUUGAGAUGCGAGGACACGAUCAGGUUAAGAUGGCUUUGAGAACCAGACCCAGUUUCUCAUUGGAUCCCAAUGCCACGUUCGUGGUUUCUGGGGCAUUCGGAAGCCUAGGAAGAAAUAUCGCAUGUUGGUUGGCAGACCAAGGAGCUCGCCAUUUGCUUCUUCUCUCAAGGUCCGGGGGCCAAAGUGAGAAUGGCAAGGAGCUUGUCAAGCACCUUGAACUGAAAGGUGUGAUGGUUCUGGCCCCAGCUUGUGAUGUCUCGGAUGGAGAAUCGGUGAAGAACGCUUUGCGUGAAUCUAGAUCGCAAAUGCCCCGGAUCAAAGGAUGCAUCCAGGCAGCCAUGGUACCGAGAGACGCUCACUUUGCGGAAAUUUCCCACCAAUUCUGGCAGGAAUCCAUUAGCCCCAAGGUUCAGGGAUCGUGGAACCUCCACAAACAUCUUCCCCGAGGCAUGGACUUUUUCAUCUUGCUGUCGUCUCUUUCGGGUAUUCUAGGAGCCACUGGACAGGUCAACUACGCCGCCGGCAAUACUUUCCAUGAUGCACUAGCUCGACACCGUGUUGGGAUGAGUGAGAAGGCGACUUCCCUGGACUUGGGUUUGUGUGAUUUCGCUGGUGGUGCGGCCGACAGUGGAAGCUGUGGUGUGGCACAAGUAACUGAAGCACAGUUCCAUGCCCUGCUAUCCAAGUAUUGUGAUCCCAGGAUUGGUCUUCCGACACCUCUAGAUUGUCAGACUGUCGUUGGCUUGUCACCAAGUGCACUUUCCGACAAGAAACAAUGGCAAGAUAACCCACUCGUCCGACACCUGAUCACGGAUAAGAAACUCGGCGGAAAAGCAGAUAGUCGACCACACAGCGCCAAAGGAGCAGGAUCACUGCUACAAGCAGAGACUUUGGCCGAUGCCAAUGCGGCUGUUUUGGAAUUGUCCACUGAAAAGCUUUCUAAGACUGUGAGUAUGGCGAUGGCAGACGUUGAUGCAAAUACGCCCUUACACCAGUAUGGAGUGGACUCACUCGUUGCGGUAGAACUGCGCGAUUGGUUUGCUGAAGAGCUUCAGGCUGAGCUGGGUGUUUUUGAGAUCCUUGGAGGUGCAACGUUGGCGUCGGUGUCACAAUUGGUUGCGAAGAAGAGUAACCUCGUGCAAGCUUCAUAG